UUUUUAAGAGAGAAAAAAUUACUUCCACUUUAGUCCGUAACAGAGACUGGGAAUAUCUUCAUCGGAACGCCUCCAUUUUCAGUCUGUAGAGAGAGAAAUCUCUGAAUUUUCUAGAGAGAGAAAACUCAUUGACGCAGACGUUGCUUUUCUUUUUUAGGGUUAGGGUUAGGGUUGGGGUUUUAAUUUUUAAACCAUCAACUCGGAACAAAGAAGCUUACACUAUGAAGCAGAUGAUCCAGACUCAUCGUUUUGGUUGCUCUUUCGUUCUCGGGAAUUUCUUGCUUCUUCUGUAAGUUUCUCUUGUUUGCUCUUGUUUUCUAUCCAGGGAUUAUCUUUCUUUUCAUUUGCACGGGCGACGAUGCUUCACGCUCGGGUUCAAUUCUCGGGUGUUUGAAUACAGAGGCUUAAAGGAAAGCUCUUUUCCCGUGGUUUUGUUUCAUUUAUCUGCGAAAAAUUUCGCGUUUGAGGUAGCCGUUGAAGGUGAUAGCAGAGUCUUGGUUCACUCCUGAAUGGUUAAUUUGGAGGAGAGCGUGAAAACAGUUGGAAAGAUUGGGUUCUUGCUUGGUGAUUGUGGAGAAAUGUCUACGGAGGGCUGACGAUCAUUAAUAAUCAGAGAAUAGAUAUUGAAAUGAGGAACUCGGGCAUAAUCUGAGGUUGCAGCAUGAGUUGCAGCGAGAGUAAUACAGGAGGAGAACAAGGGGAAAUUGAGGAAUCGAUUAUAAGAAAUUCCGUUGAGGUCGACCCAAAAUCUUUCACCCAGAAUGGGUCGAUUAUGGCCCCCCAGUUAACAAUUGAUGAGAAUCUUCUUGUUGAUCCAAAAUUAAUUUUUAUCGGAUCGAAAGUUGGUGAAGGAGCACAUGGGAAAGUUUAUGAAGGAAGGUAUGGUGAUCAAAUUGUUGCUAUCAAAGUUCUCCACCGUGGAAGCACUUCAGAAGAAAGAGCUGCACUUGAGGGACGUUUUGCCCGGGAAGUUAAUAUGAUGUCAAGAGUAAAACAUGAGAAUCUUGUCAAGUUUAUUGGAGCUUGUAAGGAUCCUUUAAUGGUGAUAGUUACAGAGCUAUUACCAGGUAUGUCACUUCGGAAGUAUUUAACCAGUAUUCGUCCAAAACGGAUGGACAUUCAUGUUGCAUUAAGUUUUGCUCUUGACAUUGCUCGAGCCAUGGAGUGUUUGCAUGCCAAUGGGAUUAUACAUAGAGAUCUUAAACCUGACAAUUUGUUGCUUACGGCCAAUCAGAAAUCUGUAAAGCUUGCAGAUUUUGGUCUUGCAAGGGAAGAAUCUGUGACUGAGAUGAUGACCGCAGAAACUGGGACAUACCGUUGGAUGGCUCCCGAGCUGUACAGCACUGUGACAUUGCGUCAGGGUGAGAAGAAGCAUUAUAAUAACAAGGUUGAUGUCUACAGCUUUGGGAUUGUCUUCUGGGAAUUAUUGACCAAUCGCAUGCCAUUUGAAGGCAUGUCAAAUUUGCAGGCCGCUUAUGCUGCUGCAUUUAAGCAAGAGCGCCCUAGUCUUCCAGAAGACAUAUCCCCUGAUCUUGCAUUUAUCAUACAAUCUUGUUGGGUUGAGGACCCUAACAUGCGACCCAGCUUCAGCCAGAUCAUCCGCAUGCUGAACACAUUUCAUUUCAAAGUCACACCACCUCCAUCAUCAUUACUAGAAGAAUCUGACACCAAUGGAGCAGCAAUGUCUAGCAAUGGUACCAUGACCGAGUUGUCCGCACGUACGAGAGGGAAGUUUUCUUUCCUUCGCCAACUUUUUGCUGCAAAGAGGACAAGGAAUUCACAGUGAGCUGGUAAAUUUUUGAAAUUUUUUUUCUUUUUGUUCCAACUCAAAAGGGAAAUGGCAUGCAAUGGUAGAUAUCAUCAUAUUUUUAGUGAAUCUUAAUUGCGUAUGAAAUGAUGAUUAUUAAAGUACGGAAAAUGUUGGAAAUAAAUGGUGUUAAUGGGAGAACACAUUGGAAAUUAAGAAGCAAAAUAGAGGACUUGACCUUGUUGUAAAGGUGAGACAUGGUUUUAGAUGUUUUGUUCAUAUCAGUGUUAUCCUUUUGAAGGUGCA